AUGAUUUUUCUAAUGGACCUCCAGAUGAUGCUUUUGGAUGUGAUUUACUUCAUCCUGCGCAAUUCUUUGAGGGUGGUCCUGCGCCCACGCACCAAGCCCAUUGACGGCGAGCUGGUGCUGAUCACCGGAUCAGGUGGUGGCCUGGGUCGUCUCUUUGCUCAGGAAUUCACCAAGCAUGGGGCAGAAGUGGUGCUGUGGGACAUCAACAGCAGCUCCAAUGAGCAGACAGCCAAGCUGGUGCGUGAGAUGGGGGGUAAGGCGCACACCUACACGGUGGAUGUGACCAACAGGGAGGAUGUGUAUCGCAAUGCGGACCUCGUGCGCAAGGACCUGGGCCGGGACAUUACUAUGUUGGUGAAUAAUGCUGGAGUGGUGGCUGGGGAGCGCAUGUUGGACUGUCCUGAUGAGCUGGUGGAAAGGACCAUGAAAGUCAACUGCCAUGCCCUCUUCUGGACAGUGAAGGCCUUCCUCCCACAGAUGAAGGCCCAGAAUCACGGGCACAUCGUGACCAUCGCCAGCGUCCUCGGUCUCUUCAGCACCGCUUGUGUUGAGGAUUACUGUGCCAGUAAGUUUGCUGCAGUGGGCUUCCAUGAGUCUCUGGCCCACGAGCUGCUGGCUGAGGAGGUUGAAGGAGUGAAGACGACUCUUGUGUGCCCCUAUAUUGUGAACACGGGCAUGUUUGAAGGCUGCAAGAUACGGGAGGAAAUAGAACUGCUCCUGUCCCCACUGGAGCCCCAGUACUGUGUUGAACAAGCCAUGAAUGCCAUCCUGAUCGACCAACCACUCGUGUGCAUCCCUCGCCUCACCUACCUGCCUUUCCUGUCCAGAGCGUUGUUGCCAUGGGAAUCCAACGUGGUCACGUAUCGUUUCAUGGGGUCCGACAAGUGCAUGUACCCCUUCAUUGACACCAUGAAGAAACAAGCAUCUAAUAGCUCCAUUAAGGUUGCAUAAUCAUACUCAAGUACAAUUAAGACAGUGCUGGGAGUCAGAACUUUCAGAUUAAAAUCAAAUGUCAUUCCAAAGGUUUAUGAUAUAUUAAAUAAUGGACAAAAAAAUCCUUGUAGCUAGGCCCAACAGUCCAGCUACAGUCAGCAUUCAGAAGUACAUAACUGCAAGUAAUGCAGAGGCCAAAUGAAGGGGCUUUAGAUUUUGAGGCUGAUCAUUUGGAAGCGUGUACUUGAUGGCGACUCAGCCAAGUGGUCAUCAGCAUGCAAACUGCACCCCCAUGUUCAGAUGAAGUCUAAAGUCCCUUCAAACUGUUUUCACCAUAAAUCUUUCGGAUGACAAAAAUAAUUAACAGCGAUUAAAUUAUGAACUGGCCAAAAGGGGAAUGUCUUCAAUAUCUGUAACUCAAUGUAACAGAAUAUCAUGCUAUACUGUGUUUACAUAAAAUAAACUGAUUGAA